CGAUCAUCGCACUCUAUGUUUGAAAGAGAGGACAAGCAUUUUCCGGAUGUAAGAAGGAGGUCAACCACCAAAAAAUCGUUGCAAAAGGAACCAAUAGAAAUUUUGUGGAAUCCCCAAACGCCGAGUCUCUUGGACCUUAACGAGACACCAAAUUCCAAUGAAGUGCCUUUUGAARGCUUUGGAUUCGACAGAUCAGGCAUAGAAUCUCAACCGCAACGUACUGCAUCGGCACCGAUUAUUGGUCAGCGAAAUGCUACUGGUACGUCAACCAAAACAAUAGGUGAUGAGACAAUACAUCCUCGUCUACAAACCAAUUCUGUGCUUGCUACGUUGUCUGAUUCGAAUAAUGGCUCGGCUGGUACAUUUUUAGCAAAAGACAACGGAAUGCCGUUGCAAGAACCUUUGGUCCGGAACCCACCUUCUAAAAUAGUGAAUGCUGCUUCACUUACUGUAGCAGCCCUUCGACCUGCUCCUGCGCAAAGCCUACCUGCGCUUCCGACACGAAAAGAAAGUGACCAGUAUUAUUGGGGGAAUAUUCAUGAAGAUGAUUUAUGUUCCGGAGACAACCAUCGGAAGAAUGGGGAGAGUGACUCAGAAGAAUUGAAAGAUCUAUGUUCUUGGUCCUCGGACUCGUACGAUGAUAUACUCUGAAUCGACAAGCUUAAUUCGCAAUUGAGUGGCUUAGCUAUAAUGGGAGAGGGACCAGAGAGGUUAGUACUCGGAAACGCAUCGGUACGAUCAAAUGUACUGAGCUGUUCAAGUGGUAUAAUGAAUACUAAAACGGGGAUAUGUUUUGCUAGCGCCAUGAAAGACAAAUCUUCAAUCAUACAAUAGUAAAUAAAAACUUCUUUUCAAU